CUUGCCUUCUUACCACCAUCUACGACUGGCUCGUAGUACUUCUCUCCCAUUUGCUCCCAUAUAUCUGCAUAUAUUCACCAUUUCAUUCUCUUCUACAUCUUCUCUCACCAUGUCUGCUUGCAAUCAUGCCAUUUAUUCUGCAAGGUCGACUAUAGAGUCUCUCUUUUCCUUCAAGGCAGUCGUUGGCCUUGGUUCCACAUUCCCCUUCAACCUUUCUACUCGUGAAGAGACCCAAAUCCCUGUCGCCACUCCACCCAUAUCACGCUCCAGAGCCAAAUUCUGCCUCAAUUCAUCUUCUUCCGACUCUCUACCUUCUGCUUCAUCCCCCGUUUCUCCACGUUUACUCCGUCGUCCUUCGAAGUCAAGGCUGUACAAAGGGAUAGGCUUAGGUCACCCGACUUCCAAAGGCGCACCUCUUGAUGAAGUGGCUAUGCCUGCGUCGAAAUGCGGGGGCGUCUCAGACACUGGUGUGUUUACUAUGACAUCUGGAGGAAAAGUGGCCUCUUCCAUUAGAGCUUCAGGUUCUGAUCUUGAACGGUACACCGGACUGGGUCUCGGCGCCCCCCCUACGAAGAGUAGAGGCGUUACUCGUGGCGACUUCGGUGCCUCUCCACGACGUAACGAGAGCAACGCUAUACCGGACGUGCCAUCCACUUUUCCUGCAGAGCUUCGGCGAAUUUCUCCCACAAGCUCUGUAACGAAACGACACUCUUGUAAAGAUCCAGCUGGCCUGACUUUCGGGCAUCCCUGCAUCCAUCAUCCCUCCGCACUCCAUCGCCACCGCCACCAUCACAGCCGUCCGGAAUGGGCAUGCUCACGUCCUCGCUAUCCAUUUCUUCUGAACUCUGUCGUCUCACAUCCCAAAGUUCACCGCAACCCCCACGACAGUCACAGCCUCAGCCUCGUGCUCGCGCUCGUCGUCUUUUCUCAUCGAAAAUGGCGUUCGUUACCCUUUCCAAGUUCUCGAAGAGGUCACUCUACACCAUUCCAGAGUCGUCAACAGGUUCGCCGGAUCAGGACCAUAGUAGUUUUAUUAGGAGGGAAGAGCGGUGUAGGGAUGGAAAGGCUUUGGAAGGGAGGGUGGUUCCCUCAUUUGGGCAGACAUUAUUUUGAGAAGAUCGAGUUAUAUCACACCUACAAAAACAUAGGAAAACACCAGAAAAACACACACAUACGAUUUACUUAUUUACUUAUACAUACAUAUACAUUUUCUUCAUCUCUUACGCAUUACCAAUGGUCACUGGUAAAUUAUACCGUGAGGAUAUUAUAGUCCCAUGCUUGGGCAUGGGAACGUGGUGUCGGCCGACGCAGAACAAUUGUUUGGAGAGUUCAUAUUACUUUUCAUGCUACUAUACUUUGAAAAAAUUUGUGAACUGACAGUGAGC